AUGGCCACUGCUCCGCUUUUCCUCCUCAUGUUGAGAUAUCGCAUGCUCUUCUACCCGCACUUGGUUUUGCUAGGCUCUACGCUGGCUGAGAUUCCCGUUGGCCGCUUUCGGCGCACCGUGGUCGUGGCUCUCCUGGCCAUGGCAGAAGCGAACCUCUACCUUGCUGGAGUCUCCUGGAGCCAAGGCCACCAGACGCAGAGCAGAGAUGAGGAGAAGGUGGAGCGAGAACGCGUCAUGUCUUGGGUCCGGAAUCAUACGUCUCCGGAAGAUAUCCUCAUUGGAGGCAUGGGCACUUCGGCACUGGUUCGCCUACAUGCGCGCCGGGGAAUUGUGUGCCACCCACACUACGAGUCAGCGCGACUCCGGGAAAGCUGCUUCUGGGCUGAUAAACUUGUCGGCCACAGGAGCCUUGCAGAGUAUCACGACAUCAUCAGCACAAAGUUGCUGAAAGGUGCGAGUCGCCAGGCCUAUGUCCUGGUUUCUCUGAAGGAUUGCUUCAGUGUUAACGAAGCCGGCCAGUCGACAUCGGAGUUGGUCGAGAUGGAUGAGCCCUGGAGGUUAGCCCAGCCCAAGACUUGCGACUUGCUGUACCGCCUCGGCUUCGACGAGGUGCCCCAUGGCUUCCAGCCACGCUGGCUAGGCCGUUGGUAUGCCUUGCUGGAGGUCCUCGCGGAUAUGAAAGAGACAGGAAAGCCACUACAGCCGACUCCCUCUCGAAGGUGUGCUUUGGGCCGGUAUCUAUUGGAGGAGGCAUCCGAGGCAGAACAAGCCCGACCACUGUUGACGUCUCUUUCGCCGAAGGCGUUGCGGAAGCUGCCGGUGGCCUGCAGCUGUGCAGCCGAGAUGCUCGGAGUUGCCGAGGUGAUGCACGACGCUCACGCUCGUGCUUUGCAGGAGCGCGAUGACCCGCUUGCUGGAGCAUUUGGAUGCUGCGAAGUGGGACCGAAGUUUGUGGCCUGCCUGAGCGAUAAGGCUUUGCGGUUGAUGCGCGAAGCUUCGCCAAGUCUUGCGGAGAUCUACUUCCGGAAAGCUUCGGAAUACACAUCGUCUCCCAAGGCUGUAGGCUUCCUGGCAUUCGCGAGGCUGCAAGCUGGGAUGAACCGAGAGGCCUUGAGGAGCUUCCGUCGAGCCGCUGAGCUCGAGGGAACCUCUCCUACUGGGACCACCCUUUGUGGGGAAGCCAGCGCGUUGGCAAGUCUUGGCGAUUUCAAAGGAGCCGCUGAUGCCAUGCGGCGUGCCGAUCAUGCGGACAGCAGGCAGAGAUGCAGUGAGCAUCAUGCAGGCUUGAUCCGGAAAGCCUUUCAGCAGCCCUCUUUCGAGUGGCUCACAGGCUACCGCAAGCUCCAGGAAGCCUGGGGGUCAGUUAGCACGGUGGACGGCUGGAGGCAGUUUCUGCAGCAUCCAGGUGCGGCGGACAGGAUUCAGGCGUCCAUUCCAGUGGGAACAGAAAAAGCCAUGGUGCUUUUCCUGGGCCGCCCGUCAGUGCAUCUAAACAGCGUGGUGCAGAUUCUGCAGAUCAUCCGCGAGGUCCAUAAUCUUCAUUGGCCCGCCGAGUUCUGGAUCGAGGCAGCCGAUGCCUCGAUCCUGGAUGAUGAUGCCUCCCAGCGCCUCAAAGCGCUGGGAGCUGCUUUGCGGGCUGUGCCUUCCCCACAGGGCGACUUCCCAGAAGACCAUCCCUUUUGGAGGUGGCAGGCACGAUUUGCCCUUCACUAUCGGCAAAAUCCUGAGGCUGUUUCGAGGCUGAAGGCUUACUCGCUGAAGCCCGUCGUGCUCGCCGUGAGCGAUUGUGACCCUUGUUUCUUUCUGGAUGCCGACAACGUUCCCCUGCGGUCGCCACAGGAGCUCAUUCGGACCUUGGAUGAGUUCCCGGCAUUGUUCUGGCCGGACUUUUGGCCUGCCCCAAGGACGGGGUUGUGGUCGUCCUUCUCCACGACAAAGUCUCAGGAGAGUGGCCAGCUGAUGCUGAGGAAGACAGCCGAGGUCCAGGAGGCCUUGCUGCUAGCGACGCUGCUGGCUGUGCGCCUGGACAUCUUUGUGGAGGCCAUCUAUGGGGAGCAAGGCCAAUUGAUGUGCGGCUAUGGCGACAAGGAUGUCUACCAGCUGGCCUUCCGGCUUUUGGGGGUGAAGUUUCGAAUGGUGGGCUCCUCCGGCCCCAGUGUGCUUGUCACAGCUGGGGGGGACUACGCCGGGCUCGUGCAGCUGGAUGAGGACAGGCAGUCUUUCUUCGCCCACGGGUCCAAGGCCAAGGAAAGGCUGUGGCAGCUUCUUCAGGCCGAUGCCUUGCAGCGAUGCGAUCUACAGGACGAUCAGGCGAACAACCUCUCUUGUACAGCCACACGGGGAGCCGGGUCGCUUUCCAUUCCCUUUGAUGCGCUGCGGUGCACGCCGCUUACCUUCCCGGGCCAGGGCGUGAAGCUGGACGUCGGCCACGCAGCUCGGAGGCUGUUUGAGGUUUUCGGGACCCCCUUCGUGAAGGGGAACAUGUACAGAGGUUUCCAGAACACCGUCAUUGAGAGGACCACAUCUCCACGCGAGCGCGAGGACGAGGUGCUGGUCUGGUGCUAUCCUGCCGCCACGACCUUUUCCCGAGUUGCCGGCUCCACGGCAAAGGCGGCGCCAGCCGCACCCCCUCCCUCGGUGGAGGCACAGCACAACCUCUCUUCGAACAUCCAGGGGCUUCGCUUCAUGCAAUCAGCUCGGGAGAACGAGGAGCGCAAGAAGCAGGAGAAGGAGCAGCUCCGGCACAUAGAGGAGAUGCAGUGGGUCGUGGAGGGCUUUGAGGCAGAAGUCUCGGCCGAAUCGUCUCAGGAGAAGCGACCCGCCGAGCUCCGGACAGGGCCACCACCCUUGCAGCUGCAUCGACGUUCCUACAAGGGCUUCAAUGGCCUGGUGGAGCAGUCCAUGAAGGAUGUGCUAAAGAAGCACGCCGAAAUGAUGACGCAAGCAGAGGAAGUGGAGCAGGCAUGGCAGUUUGUAGAUAGCUUGGCCGGUCUGGUCGGCUUCUGGCUCAAGGGAAGGGCAGCGAGACUGGGACUCCUUGUAGAACUGCAACAGCCAAAGGCACCGAGUGGAGUGGAGAAGCCGUUCGCUAACAUGGCGGAUUCCAAGAAGCACAUGAAGAUGGGCACGGAGGAGAGCUUGAAGACUCUGAUGAGGCCGCACAUGCAUCACGCCAUUGACACGUGGAUGGCCCAGGUGGGCGACACAGAGAAGAGGGGCCUCCUCCGCCUCAUGCGCAUGGCCCACCCGGCUGUCGUUUGCAGUCAUGGACCGCCUUGCACCUGCAUCUGCCAGCUUCACAUCGACAAGCCUCGCCAUCCAUCUUGGAUCCCGAAGUGCGCUACGCAAAAGAAGGACUACAGUGCUUUGCCCACUGCGGCGUCCGACCCCAAGACAGUGUUACACAAGGGCACGGCCGCUCAGCAUGAUGCAGAAGUCUGCGUCCAGCCCUGCCCUACGCUGACCCAUGGGCUCAUGGAUGUCUUUGCCGGAAAGCGUUCUAUCAGCCGCCUAGCUCCUGGGUCCUGGGUCGGCGCUUCAAGAGCAACGUUCUACCUUGAGGUGGCCUUCGGAGACUGGUACCUAGCAGCUAGCAGAGCUUCUUUCGGCACGUCCGGGAAGACCUCAGAAACAUCCCUUCGUGCAGCAUGCACACCUCGAAUCGAGCCAUGCGGCAUUGCGGUCGCUGUGCCAGCGACGAGCAUCAUGCUCGCAUGCGCUGCAGACGGUGCUACCCUCAGCCUGGUCGCCAGCAGCCACUGCCGGGGUGGUCCCUUCGCGCUCGCCCGUCGUCUCAAACGCCUCAAUGGCCCUUGGUCGCAGGCGAUUCUCAUCAUGGCAGAGGAGUGCGAGCAAAAGGUUGCCCCGGAUCUCGUUGUCUUCAACACCUUGCUGUCGGUGCUCGGCCGAGGCGGUGCUUGGGUUGCAAGUCUCAGCGUGCUCUCGGCCGUCAUGGCCGCGACCCUGAGGCCGGAUAUCAUUUCGAGCAGUACGGCAAUCAAGACGUUCACUGCAGGAACUCAGUGGCUCGAGGGGCUGGGACUCCUCCGUGCCGUGCAAGGGGGCGAGGUGGAGCCAGACCUCAUCGCUUUCAAUUCCCUCAUGACCAGCGCCUACAGAGGACAGGAGUGGGAGCAGUCGAUGGAACUGGCUGCUCGUAUGUCACUACUUGGUGUGGGUCUGGACGGCUACAGCCAGGGUGCGCUUCUGAUGGCCUGCGCGAAAGGGCUGCGCUGGACGCUGGCAUUGCGCCUGCUGUCAAGCAGGGAGUUGCUGGGCGGCUCAGGAGGCCUUGUUUGCUGCAGCGCUGUCCUCAGCGCUUGCGACCGCAGUCUUCAGUGGGCGUCGGCUUUGGGAUUGCUCUUGGCGGCCGGUUCCGAAGGGCUGCGUGCAGACGGCCAGGCCCUGAUGCCCAUGCUCAGCGUCCUGGGCGCCAAGGGUCUUUGGCGCAAGGCAAUGGCUCUGCGGACCAGCUGCGCCGUGACAAUGAUCCGCGAGAGUGAAGAAUCGACCAAGGCCAUCCUUCAAGCCUGUGCUGCGGCAGCGCAGUCCGCCAAGGCCAAUGAAGUGUUGAACUCCUUGACGAGGCCCUCUCCGACGCAUUUCGAUCUCGUAGUGGAAGCUUGUGGCAAAGCCGAAGACUGGGAGGGUGCUGUGGCACUGCUUUCGUUCAUGCGGAAGGCCCAGCUGCAGACCAGUGCAAGCGGCCUCAUCGCAGCCGCCCAAGCAUCGACGGCUGGGGCAGCUUGCGAGGUGCUUCACGAGCUUCGCGACUAUUUUGGAGCUGGCAUGAACGUGGAGAAGGAAGAUGCCGGCAGCGAGAUGGUUGCGGCAGUUGAGCUCCUGCAGGACCGGGACCAUCUAGAUGCCCGCAGCGCAGGCUGCUGGCUCCGCACUAGCUACAGACUGGUCGCUCGGCAGCUUCGACAGCUUCUCCAACCUAGACGAGGAAGGACGGUGGCGCCUUCACAUCGCUUGCGGAACUCCGUGUUGGAGCAGCAGCACUCCCUGGGACGCAGUGGCUCCGAGAGGAUAUUGCUGGAGUUGGGCUUGAGUUCCUCGCCGCUUUGGGCGGGAGCUGCCUUGCAUGUCAUACGACGAGCUCUUGACGGAACUGCUGAGUCGCUGAAGGCCACAAGUCAAGCUGCUUGGCUCGCUUCUUCCGGGCAGAUUCGCCCCGCCCGGCGCGUGGUUGGACACGGCUCUUGCCGGCCUGCGCAAGAAAAUCGAGAUGCACUGCUACCCAUCUUCGUCGAGCACGACCGUGCGUUGCACGCUGAAAGACAGGCAUCCGACAUGACUGCAGAGCCGUCAUCAUGUUACCGUUUGCGUUUCUGUGCCGGAGUAUUUGUAGCUCUAUCCCACUUUCUCUCUGUCUCUCUCUCUCUCUCUCCCUCUCUUUUUUUAAUUCUCUCUCUCUCUCUCUCUGUAUCGAUAAACAUAUCCAAAUAUAUCCAAUGCAAAUCGAGCAUUACAUGUAUAAUGGAACAUAGAAUUAUACAACAGGAUAUAGUGUGA